UACAGCUUUUUAACAAUACUGUGCGAAACUAUGAAUAUGUGAAAACGCCAACCUCGGGCCAUUUAAACGAAUAUUCAACUUUCAUCUUUCAUCUCACCGGCAAUCUUUGUUGAACAGCCACUCCCCACCAUAUCAAUUCUCAUUCACCUUCAACCUCAGCAACCACCACAACAAAAAGCCACCAUCAAACACCAAAACAACAAGAGAGAAUCAGAAAUCUCCCCUCCUCCUCCUCCUCCUCCUCCUCCCCUAGUCAUGCCUCCAAGAAUCCCCACAGAAGCAGACUUCUCCCCCAUCUCCUCCAUCCUCCCCCACAAACUCCAUUUCCCCUCCCCUCCGGAAUCAACAACCUCCAUCCUCAUCCUUUUCCACGGCCUCGGCGACCAUGAACUCCCCUUUGCAACAUUCGCGCGCAACAUGUCCCUCCCCGGCGUCCUCGCCAUCUCCGUCCGCGGCACCGCCACCCUCCCAGCCGCCUUUGCACCCGAUGCCGGAGACCAGCAUUUUCACUGGGGCGAUGAUUUGAGCGUCGACACAAGCACGGGCGACUUGGAUCCCGAUCCGGGGUUUGAUAAGGCCGCGCGACUGGUCAUGCAGAAGCUGGUCAAGGACACGCUGAUUGACCGGUGCGGAUGGGAGAUGAACGAUAUUCUAUUCUUCGGCUUCGGACAGGGCGCUUCCUUGGCGCUGGGAUUAGCUUCCAGGCUACGAAGUGUAGAGCGCAUAGUCGAUGUCUCGGAUGGUGACGAGAUGACGAGGAAUAAGAUCGGAAAGACGUGCAAAGGCGUUGUUUCAAUUGGCGGACCACUGCCACAGUCUAUGGUUCCCUCGUUGAGCAGCCGCGAAAAGAGCGAUACUCCGGUGCUCGUGUGCCAGCUGAGUGAGGAUGAGGCGGAUGCUGUGAAGAGGGAGUUUAAGGAUGUUAGAGUCGUGAAUUGGAAGAGAAAGGAAGUGGCUAUGCCGAGGGACAGAGAUGAAAUGUUUCCCAUUAUGAAGUUCAUUGCGGACCAACUCAACAAGGGCUUCACAUAGAGAAAGAUGAAAGCUUAAGAGAAAACAAACAAACAAUGAGAACCAUCUCAGACAUGCA